AUAAUCUUAUUCGUCGGUGGAUAAAUCGAUCCUGCGGAGUGCACAGUGUGUAGUGUUUACGGCGUUUGCUAGACGCUUUGCACAGUAAAACGGCCUGUUUUAUAUGGAAUUCGGUAUAUUUUUCCUGCGUAGAGAAAGCUGCGGCUAAUUCGAGAAUUGUAAAACGAACUCUGUAGAUCUCAUCUUGUAGUCGGCUGCAUCUUCCAACCGGCCAUCAUUUAAUAUUUGCAGCGUCAGCCACGCGGUUCUGGAGCUUUCCUCGUUUAGUCUUCCGCGGUGACGAGUCGUUUGUGUCUUUUACUCUAGACAAUCUUGUUUCCCCCAGCGAUAUGACGGACGCGGAGAUUUAAGUGUUCCGGCAAACAGAUUACUCUUGGCUUACAUUUUCCUACAACAUACAGUUUUUAGCAGGAAUAUCAAGCCACGAUUAUGGCUAUGCAUAACGUACCACCGAAACGAAAGGAAAUCUACAAGUACGAGGCGCCAUGGCCGUUGUACAGCAUGAACUGGUCGGUGAGGCCCGACAAGAGGUUUCGUCUGGCGUUGGGGAGCUUCGUGGAGGAGUACAACAAUAAAGUACAAAUCGUUUCGCUGGACGAAGAAACGUCCGAGUUUAGCGCUAAAAGUACAUUCGACCAUCCUUAUCCGACUACGAAGAUCAUGUGGAUACCGGACAGCAAAGGUCACUUUGCCGAUCUCCUCGCCACGUCUGGCGAUUAUUUGAGGGUGUGGCGCGCCGCAGAGCCCGAGACUCGGCUGGAGUGCGUCCUGAACAACAACAAGAACUCUGACUUCUGCGCGCCGCUCACGUCCUUCGACUGGAACGAGGUGGAUCCGAAUCUAAUCGGGACUUCCAGCAUAGACACCACCUGCACCAUUUGGGGACUGGAGACGGGGCAGGUUUUGGGCCGAGUGAACAUGGUUACCGGCCACGUCAAGACGCAGCUGAUCGCGCACGACAAGGAAGUGUACGAUAUCGCGUUCAGCCGUGCCGGAGGUGGCCGCGACAUGUUCGCCUCCGUCGGCGCCGAUGGAUCCGUCAGGAUGUUCGAUCUGCGACACUUGGAGCAUUCGACGAUAAUAUACGAGGACCCGCAGCAUACUCCGCUGUUACGAUUAGCGUGGAACAAGCAGGAUCCCAAUUAUCUCGCCACCGUGGCGAUGGACGCGUGCGAAGUUAUCAUUCUGGACGUUCGCGUGCCGUGCACGCCGGUCGCAAGAUUGAACAAUCAUAGAGCCAGCGUUAAUGGAAUAGCCUGGGCCCCGCAUUCGUCCUGUCACAUCUGCACAGCCGGCGACGAUCAUCAAGCUUUAAUAUGGGAUAUACAGCAAAUGCCAAGAGCGAUAGAGGACCCUAUACUGGCUUACACCGCCGCGGAAGGCGAGGUCAAUCAGAUUCAGUGGGGCGCCACGCAGCCUGAUUGGAUAGCCAUUUGUUACAACAAAGCUGCCGAGAUUCUUCGGGUAUAAAUGUCUUCUCUGUCGAAACGCAUUUAUUUUAUCUCGAGACGUUCGAAUAGAUGUUACUGAGUGGGUCUCUUUUUUUUAUCAUUAACAUAAGAGAAAUGUGCGUCUUGUCCUGAAAACAGUAACUAUAAAACGUUUCAUUUGAUGCGUUUCACGACUGUAUAUAUGUUUAUAAAAAUAUUAAUAAGAAACUUGAUAUUAGGAAUCUUAUUUCCCAUGAUUAUGGAUACUUAAAUUACAUUAAUAUACGAUUAAUUAGAUGUCAAUCACUUUAAAUUAGGUAUAGUCAUGAAAACAAGUUACAGCUAUUAUAGCAAUCAGAUUGGAUCUCUUUAGGUUUUAGAUUGUAGCAUUAAUUAAUUGUUUAUUAAUUUAUAGAACGUAAUCAUGUGAUUAUGAUUUUUAGUAUGUAAUGUACAGGUUUUUAUAUAUAUGUAAACUUUUUAUAUAUGAAAAUAUAAUACAUUGACAUCAUACAUACAUGCCAAAUGUACUAUGACGAUUAUAUUGUCGUUGAUAGAAAUAUUAAACUUGCAAUUUAAUUUAUACGAUCUGUCAUGUAAUAUUUAUUGACAUGUUAAGAUGUAUAUUACGUAAAUACUCGAUUAGAGUCGGUAUUUAUGGGAAGGUAUAUCAAUAAUUAAUAAGACUAAAAAUUAUAGAAAAAGAUUACAUGCUCAUAUAUUGUUAUAUGAGGUAUCGUAUAAUUUACAAGUGUUAAGUGAGCAGAAUGUGAUUAUUUACAGUAAUGAAUGUGUGUGUAGGAAACCGUAAUUCAGUCAAUAUAAAAUAAAUCAUUCCUUCAUUUUUCAUCGAGAUUGAUAUCACUGCUACAUUUGUGUCUACACGAUCUUUUGUUAUUGUGCAACCUCAAUAAACAUCUCUGAUACAGAA